UCUUAUUUUUAAUUAAAUUGAAUUUAAUCUUGUAAAUAUAGAACUCUCCAUUUCCUGUCAACUUUCAUUACAUUAAAUUUCUCAGAAACCUCUCAAGAAUAUUCUACCAAAUCCUUCGAUCUUUCCAAGUUUGACUAUAGACCUAGCGACAUUGUUCAUGCAAUUUUCAGGCAUACUAUUAGGAAUAGUUCGAAGUAAAAGCGAAGAACAACAGUACUUUAAUCAAUAAUAAUUACCGUGUACGCGACGCUGGUCCGUCGCGUUGUACAUGCAUGACGCUGGUAGCGAACGUAUUCAACAAGCUCGUAAAUCAGUAUCCUUUCUUCCUGGCGAAGCCUCGCUUUUUUUUCAGGGAUCAAACGACCCGUCAAGCGUAUGCGAGCGAGAAUGUAUGCGAAACGUACUACUACAAUAUAUACUAUAUACAACUGACAAGGGAAUCCGCAGGUAGAAAACCAGUCGCUUGGUCCAACAGAACCGAGAGAUUUCAAAAGGGCCGAGCGAAUCGAGUCUCGAGUACGACGGAAUGACCAGCCAGUAAACAACGCAGGUAGACGCUGGGUUUCUCCCACACAACUUCCUUCGGACAGACGUUGGGCCAACAGUGUUAAUGUAAUUUGAAAGCUGAAAAACACCAUUCUAACAACUAAAUGACAUUUUCGUGUUACGUGCAAGAAAUUUAUACUCAACACGUAGAAAUGUUCUGAGUCCCGGGAAACCAACGAGACUCAGUCGACCUUCCAUCAUGAUGUCGAUGAAACCAUCUCUCUACAGAGUCGAGACGUAUAUCGUACCUGAGAUGAACAGAUUCCCGGUGCAAAAGAUCACGGCUCUCGAUGACAUCGACAAUAUUCAGCUAACGGCAUGCGAGUCAAGAAUCGUCGACGAAAAUGCGUCUGAGGAUAAUCAGGAAGACUCCGAUGAUGCGUCCUCACUUUUCAGUAAUAGAGGGGACGUGUACGAUAAACAGCUUGAAGACGAAGGCUUCAAGUACCAAAACGAGGAGGACAAUGUUUGUACACGCAUCGAGAAGUAUGUUGACAUAAGGAAAGUGGAGUACCAAACGUUGAUCAAAUCACAGGACUCGUUUUACCCGGUGAGACAGUUCAAGAGGGUCAACAGUUUGGUGUCGAUCGACGAGAGAAGCGAGAGUUCCUCGAACGCCGACAGCAAACUGAGCGAUCUCUGCCAUCACGGCUACAAGAACGGCUGUACCGCGACGAUCCCAUCGCCGGAGGAGGUCAGCGAGGAGGUCUUCCAGGAGAACUGGCUGCGGAAGAUCGAGACACUGCGGCAACGCGAGGCCGUCGUUACGGCGAAGGAGAUGAACUUGCAAAACCGGGAAAGACAGCUCUUCAGGAGGGAGAGAGAAAUUAGGAUCCUGGAGAGGUUACUGCAGGACAAGCUUAAGCAAGUGGAACGUGAACGGGAAGACCUGCAGAAUAGGAGGCUCAAGGAAGUCGGGCGGAAAUUGAAGUCUGAAUUACGAGAAUCUCAGGAGAAAGAUCAUUCGCUCGAGCGGGGCGAACGAACGAGUGUCGUUCAUGCGAAUGAGGAGCCUGCGAAAGUCUCGGAGAAAACAAGGAACGCUGUGCCGUCCGUCGACUCGUGCGAGAGGAUCAAAGAAGCCGAGAGGAAGCCAAGGCGCUCGAGGAACUAUUCAUCGAGACAGUUGUCUUCCAAUAAACUUAACUCAUACGGCAGCAUGAGAUUCAAAGAGCGGCCCAAGGUGUUCAACUCUGACGAUCUCAACUCUACGCUGUCGGCCGACCCCGGGGACUCAUCCUUCGUGAAAACGUCGGAGCGCUUCAAUCCGGAAGCCUACAAGAAGCCGUACGCGUUCACGAGAUCAGCGAGCGAGCGUUGGAGCACACAGCAGAGUUACGCGAAGGUUGCUUCGAAGGUGCAGGAUGACGCCGAGGAGAAGCUGCAGGAGGAGAAGGUCCUCCGCAAGCUCAGCGAGAACAUAAACGCCACGCAAGACAAGAACACCAAGUUCCAGAAUUACGGGCUCGUGGAUCGCAGGCCGAACAAGGUUCCAGUGGCCAUGGCGCCGAUUCCGGGAAUCCGUAAUCCGGCCAACGAAGAAAAAUUCUCUUAUCUCGACUUGGCGACCAAUAAAAAGCCGCUUAGUCGCCGGGCGAAGGACAGACCGGUCUCUUGGAACGAGAAGACGAAUGAGUGGCUGCAGAAGAAGCGGCAGGCGUACAAUCUGGCGGCCAAAGAGUCGGCCGACAAUAAGGAGAACCUCCAGUGCAAUACCGUCGCGAAGCAGAGGACGAAGGACUCGAAGAAGACCAAGAACAGAAUAUUUACAGUGUUUCGUUAACGCAUCUGUCGCACUGUUAUUGCACGCGCGUUGCUUCCUAGAAAACUGAAGAUUCGACUUAAGGAUAAGUUUGUUGUUAACCACACCUGCAGAAUAAACGAGGAUCCACGUGGAAACCUGCAAUAGUUUUAGUGCAACAUCGAAUGUAAUUAUAGAUCAAAUGUAAUAUUUUAUAUUAUAAGUAAUAAUUAUUCGCACUUUCAACGCUUUCUACGAGGAUCCUUUCAGAUAGAUUUAAGUAAUAUUGAAAGUGUUAGUAAAUAAAGUUAGUUUGUAAAUUAAAUUAGCUUAUAAAAGCAUAUAGUCAUUAGGUAUAGUCAUAAGCUUAAUAUGCAUACCAACUCUGUUGUUCUAAAGAAACAGCGAUCAUGUGUUUACUAUUUUCCGCGAAAUCACAUUAGACUUUGCAGUUUCUUGUAUUUUAACAGCGAUCUCAAAGUACAACGUAUAAGACACCAUGACCGAUGAAGAAUAGAAAGAGAGAAAUAGACUUGAUAUAUAUACAUAUUAAUAAUAAACAUGUUGCAUUGUUACUUAGACACGUGUAUUAGCUAUAUAUAUUCAUAACUUUCAUGGUUUACAUGUUGGAGUAUAUUUAUUCGUUAACUCACACAGAACUAACUGGCUCUGCAACUCGUCAAAUUUAA